UUGCCAUAUGAAUUGGCGCAAUUUUGGCAAAGAAAACGAAACAAAAUAAAAAUAGUCUAGCAACCAGCGAGCUACUAAGGCGAAAACAAUAUGACGACAACGACACCGACAAUGCAGACGCGCAUGGCUCUGGCUGAGAUACCCGAUCGUUUGGAGGCUCUUCGAGUUGCGAAUACACCCACAAAUGCCAAUCGUCGUACACCCGAUGAGCCCACACCGGCCGCUACAGCGAACACACCCAAUGGAGGUGGUGCUGGAGGAGGCGGUGCUGCUGGUGGCCUGGGACUGCGUGUUGACUUUAGCUUUUCGCCGCUGCCCUCACCAGAUGAACUGAUUAUACGACAACGUGGCCGGCGUCGUUUCACAACGACCUUUUCCCCGGACAAAGUCAAUGGCGGCGGUAACGGCAGCAGCAGCAAUCCAAUACGCAGUCCUUUUCAGCGUACUCCAACAAAGAAUCUGCAAUUGACCAGUGGUAUGAUACUGCGCAGUUCGCCACGCAAACGGCUGACAAUGGGUAGCACACCACCCGAUCCGACGCCAAUGGAUACAUAUUCACCCAUCAAAUUGAGCAGCACCAAGCAAGAGCUGUGGCCGGGCACGCCAAUAGUGAAGAAACUUAAAAUGGAUGAUCGCCCGGUGGCGCAAACGAAUAACGAGGUGCCUCUGACAGCGCUUCUGCAAGGUCUCUCACAGCAACAACUCAUCGAUUUGAUUAUGUGCAAUACUAAACAGGAGACGCCGACAGCAACACAAAGCGCCGAGGAGAAUAUACGCGCUCAGCUGCCCACGCCAGACAUAAGUUCGCUGGAGCAGGAGCUGCAUCAUGCCAAACGGCUAAUAUUCAAAUCUCUGCCCACGUCGCGUCUGUGCAAGAAAACAGAUGCCGCUGCUUACUCAAAAGCAUCCAUACAUUUAAACGAAUUUAAGCGUGUGCUGCAGACGCAAGCGAAGUGUCUACACGACUCCACACACUGGGAUGGAUUGGUGGACUAUGUGAGCAUGGCCUGGCAGUGUGUGGCAAGCACCCCCAACUGGGAGAGCAAUUCCCAUAAUGCGGUGCGGCGACAAUGCUUCAAGCUGCUGGCCUGCUCCUGUUAUGCGGCCAUCAAGCAUGGCGGCAUGCGGCUGGGACAGACACGGCUGGAGACACUGGAGCGCAAUUUGCGUGAGUGGUCCAAGGAUUACGAGGAUGUUCUGUCCUGCGUGAAUGCAUUGCAGCGCACGCUCAACAACCGCAUCAGCUUAUAAAGCAGCCAAGAGAGGUUGUAGACUUCACCUAGACUUAAGGCCGACUUGCUGAACUAGAGGUUCAGUGGACCGUUUAGAUCUAAGUGCGCGACUCCAAAUAAUAUUUAAGCAACGGUCUUUGCCAUUUUCGUCUAGGCAUCCUAAGAAACUUGUAUCCAUUAUGCAUUGUUUUUAAUUUUGUUCAAACAUUGUGUGGUUUCGUUCCUGUUCGUAUUAUGUACACACCAAAUUCACAUUAAGAUUUUGUUAUUAAUUCAAAAACACAGCAUGCCGCAUUCGGAGUUAUUGAUUAAGUGAUUUAAUUAUAAAUGCAAUAUGUGACUAUAUAUUAUGUACACAUAAUGCAUAUGGGAUAACUAAAAACCCAACACACAGAUUUAGAUAUACAAAUU